GUGAGCUUCAAUGUCGGCCGGCCGCCGGCUUAGAUCGACGCGAGCUGGAAAUUGGCCGCUUCGACGCAGGAAGAAAACUCUUGCUUGGCAGAAGAAGCAGUCAUGCAUUUCUCCACCAGCUCUGACGACAACGCCGUGACGGAGAAGUCAAAGUCACCCGACACUUCACCCGAGAGAGGAAGAACAAAACAAUCUGCGACCACGACGCCCACGACAGGAUUAGCACCUCACAACCAUUUGGAUCCGUUUGCAGGACGGCGACACACACAAGAUGACCACCUUCGACCACCGGGCACGCCGCGAAGACCACAUCAUUUUCGCCACUGGAGCAAUCACAGUGUCAGUCGGCUUCGAUCCGAGGUCAUCGAACAUGUGCACGAUUUGCACUUCAAGCAGAGGAUCAGACAUUUCACGUGGGGAUGGUUCACGAUGACAAUGGCCACCGGCGGCAUAGCCAACGUCCUCUACCGUGUUCCCUACCGCUUUGCCGGCCUUUAUGCCAUUGGCUGCAUCUUCUUCAUAUUGAACAUUGUCCUCUUCCUGUUCAAUGUCACCAUGAUCUCGCUGAGAUUCUACUAUCAUCGGGACACAUUCAAGCAUUCCAUUUUACAUCCGACCGAAAGUCUGUUCAUACCAGCGAGCAUCAUCAGUAUCGGCACAAUACUGAUGAAUGUCUCGCAAUAUGGCCUGACGCAAGAGAAAGUCUCAGGACUCUGGCUGCUGUCGACCAUGUAUGUUUUCUUCUGGAUCUAUUGCGGAUUGGCCGUUUGCGGAAGCUGUGGGAUUUAUUUGAUCCUGUACGUGUUCUUGAGCGAAAGUUCACUUCUCGUUCACUUCUGACCUUGAUGAUCGUACUGAUCAUGCAAUACAGAUGGUCUACUCAGACAUUCACAGUAGCACAAAUGACGCCUGUCUGGAUCUUCCCCUGCUACCCAUUGCUGGUCAUUGGGCCUCACGCCGCAGGGCUGGCCGAGCAUUUGUCUGAGAUGUCCCGACCAGAAUGGGCAGUGAACGUAAUCGUUGGUGGCUUCGUCUUUCAAGGUAUUGGGUUUCUCCUCAGUCUCAUGAUCUACGCUGCCUUUAUCUAUCGACUCAUGACGCAAAAGCUGCCUGCAGAGAAUCUUCGACCUGGCAUGUUUGUCAGUGUAGGACCCAGCGGCUUCACCAUUAGUGGCGUCGUCGGUAUGGGCGAUAUCCUACCCAGGGUGGUCGACCAAGAUUUCCUGCUACCCGGUCAUGGCGAGCUCGCAGGCCAAGUCAGCAAGAUCGCCUCAGUCUGGUUCGGUCUCUGGCUCUGGGGCCUAGCAUUUUGGUUCUUCAUCGUCUCUGUCGGAGCACAUUGGAAUUGCAUUCAACGCGGCCGAAUGACAUUUGCUAUGACAUUCUAUUCGUAUGUCUUCCCGCAAACCGCGCUCACAACGGCGACUUUCUACAUCGCGCUAGCACUCGACAAUCGACCUAUCCGAAUCCUAGGCUGCGCGAUGGCUAUUUUAGUCAUUAUUGCCUGGAUUGUUGUUUUCGUCAUGAUGAUCAGAGCUGUCAUCAAUAAAGACAUCCUCUGGCCUCAGAAGCAAGAAGACAAGGACGAGGGAGGCUGGAGCGCAAACGGGUCAGAUGGCCGGCCGAUCUGCGAUGUGGUGCAAUGCACUGCAGUUGGACCAGACCAGUCACAAGGAGCAGCAGAAACUGCUCAUGUGACUUUUCGAACGCCUGAUGAUCGCAGUCCAACUAUCUCGCGGGCGGUCACAAUCGAUGUGGAGUCUGGCGCGGAGGACUUUGCUCGUCAUCCGCCACUCAUGCGUGGCCGAACUCGGCAGGCAGAUCUGCCAGUCGGUAUAGUAUGACUUCGACACAAGUUAUACGAGCUAUCCCAACGUUGCAUAGCUUCUCCAGCUCUGCUGGCUC